AUGCUACUCCUGUUUUCCCGCGAUAUAAAAGCCCAAAAUAAGUCCCACCCUAGGAUUCUCUGCUCUCAGCCCUGGCAAAGUUCACGUCCGUCGAACGAAAACGUAGCCAGUCAGCCAGUCAGAGUCAGCAGCCAGACGUCUCGACGCGAGCGGGAGAGAAAAACUGCCGAAAAACAACGGUCUGACGACGACGAGGAAGCGGCCUCGUGGAAUAGAAGAAAAAGGAGCAAAUCCCCAACAACAACAACGACGACGACAACGAAAACGAAAAGUGAGGUGGAAAUUUCACUUUUGUUUUCAGUUUGUGCAUCGCCUUCCGAUGAACACAUGAACUGUUUGAACACGCACGCCGUCGUCUCGUCGUCUUGUCCCAGCAGCACAGCACAGCAGCAGCACAGUGAAGAAGAUAAUGCUGCUUCUGGUCCUGUCGUCGUCGUCGCCCCUGGUGCUGCCCCUGAUAUCGGCUGCUACGGAUCACGCAAUUUGUCCUCGUCGAAAAUUCCGAACCUAGUGCCACCUCCCUCAGUGAAGUUGGAUCAGAACAGCAGCAGUGCCCCGAAACCUUGUCCCCUGGCGGCCCCACUGGUGGUCACCAUCGUCGGUCUGCCAUGCCGGGGGAAAUCGCUGGCCUCGCACAAGGUGGCCCGGAACCUGAACUGGAGGGGCGAAAGUGCUAAGGGUAAGUUUCCUCAGCUGUCGCUGUUGUUUUCUUAUUUGGGCAAUUUAUAA